CUGCUUGUUAGAGAAAGUGAUCUUCGCUGACCGCUGGAGUAUAAGUUGCCGUGUCCUUUCCCAGUUUUCGUCCUUCUAUUCUUCCUGAACCUUAUACAUCUACAUCAUGUCUGGCGCCGACAAUGCAGUCGACGACACCCCCCUCGAUGAGCCCAUCCCUUUCCCUAUCCGUGACAGAAACGGGCGCCCCUCCAUUCCCCGCGAUGCGGACAAGGUGAUUGAAGUCCCCGCCAUGCGUAACGGCAUGAGCGAAGCCGCCGCCUUCAUGCACCAUCUCAGCCUGGAUCCGUCUAUGAAGGAGCGUCGAAGCUCGCGCAACUCGUUCAGUACUUCUCUGCCCAUUCCUCGCUCGCCGAGAGUAUCACGACCCACUUCCUUGAAGCCACGUGGGCUUGGACGGGAGAUUAUCGCCUCGCAGGUGCAGGAACUCGCCAAGGAUAAGGUGGCUGCCGUCAAGAAUAUGGCGUUUGUGUUUGACAUCGAUGGUGUGUUUGUCUACGGUAGUGAGGCUAUCGAGGAGGGCAAGGCUGUCUUGAGAAUGCUGAAUGGCGAUAACGAGCUGGGCAUCCAAUUCCCCUACAUCCUCCUCACCAACGGCGGCGGCAAGACCGAAGAAGCUCGCUGCAAACAGCUCUCCGAGAUCCUGGAGCAGCCCAUCUCCAUCAACCAGUUCAUCCAAUCGCACACCCCCAUGCAGGCUCUAUCAGAAUACUACGAGACCGUCCUGGUUCUCGGCGGCGAAGACUACAAGAUCCGCGACGUCGCCGAGCAAUACGGCUUCAAGAACGUCAUCCACCCCAAGGACAUUCUCGCCUGGGACCCGACCAUUUCCCCCUGCCGCCGCUUCUCCGAGGAAGACAAGGCCAACGCCAGACCGCGUGAUUUCUCACAGGUCCGAUUCGACGCCAUCCUCGUCUUUGCUGAGUCGUGGGAUCUCAUGACCGACUACCAGAUCAUCAAUGACCUCCUCAUGUCGGAUAAUGGCAAGCUGCUUACCCGUGCCAAAAAGGGCGACGGACAUAUCCCCAUUUACUUCUCGCAGGGCGAUCUGCUGUCGCCCACUGAGCACAAGGGUCCGCCGCGUCUGCAUCUCGGCGCGAUCCGUCUCGCCAUCGAAGCCCAGUACAAGGCUACCUCCGGCAGAGACCUGGAGCGUGUGCUGUACGGCAAGCCUGAGCGUGCGACAUACGUCUACGCCGACGAGGUGCUAUCCGAGUGGAUGCAGGAGAUCCACGGGGAGAAGCGUCUGCCGGAGAACAUCUACAUGAUCGGCGAUAAUCCCAUGUCGGACAUUAUCGGCGGCAACUUGUAUGGCUGGAACACUUGUCUCGUCCGCACGGGUGUCUUCCAGGGCGGCGAGAACGAUGAGCAGAACCCGGCCAACUUUGGUGUAUUUGAUAAUGUCCUCGGUGCUGUGAAGAGUGCGAUCCAGAAGGAGGUUGGCAAGGACUUUAAGUUCAAGUGGGAUGCGAAUAUCAAUCCCACCACCAACGCUGAUUCGUCGGCUAUUGACUAGAGGAUAGAUUAUAGAUAUGGUCAGGAUAAACGGAUUCAUUGAUAGAAUGCAUCGGCUUGAAUGAACUUGAUUUGCACUUGACAA